ACACCAAACUGAUGACGUUUUCCACACAGAAAGUGCGCUGAAAAGUGAAAAUGGAUGAAUCCACCGACUUUUCAUCUAGCAUAGCUAAUGGUGUCGAUGGUCUGCUAAGACAGGACCAGGUGGAAGUGUGUGAACGUGUCACAUACCUGGAAAAGAAAGUUCGCGUACAAGAAGACGAAAUAGUUUGUCUUAAAAGCGCUGUUGCUGAUAUCUUAAGGAGAUUAAAUCAAGUAGAGGCAGAAAAAGCACAGAACAGCAUUCUUCCUACCAAACCAGUAUUCAAGUCUUCUACACCUCACAAAACAACCUCUAGAACACCAAGACGAACUCCAUUAGAUAAUGUGUACGUUACACCACCAACUAGACAUUCAACACCGCCAUCCUCAGCCAAGUCAAGAACUCCAAUCAAGAAAUGGGGCUCAAUGACAAACUCUACAGAAUUGAAUGGAUCUCAUCAAGUCAGACGUAGCGUAUCACAGACCAAUCUGUUAUCACGGACUCAACAAAAACAAGGUUCUAAAGAUCCCCAGUGGAAUUCAGAGGAGGGAAAUUUAAGAAUUUACCUGAGAGGACGACCAGUCAGUUUGUAUGCUCCCUCAGAUUUAUCAGAUUAUUCAGUAGAUAAAGAAGUGUCAACACCGGACCAGAAAUUACAACUAGAAUAUGUUUUUGGAUAUAGAGGUAGAGAUUGUAGGUCCAAUCUGUACUACUUGAAUGGAGAGGUCAUUUACUUCUGUGCUGGUGUGGUGGUGCUCCACAAUCCUGAAGAACAAACGCAGAGACAUUAUCUUGGACACACAGAUGAUGUUAAGUGUUUGGCAAUUCAUCCUGAUAAAGUGAGAGUAGCCACUGGUCAAGUUGCUGGCCAUGACAGAAAGGAUUCUAAGAAAAAGAAAGAAGAGUCUGAUAAAAAGCCACAUGUUCGUAUCUGGCACUCUACUAGUCUGAACACACUGCAUGUCAUUGGGAUCGGGGACUUUGACAGAUCUGUCUGCUGCUUGUCAUUUUCAAAACAGGAUGGCGGAGCUAAAUUGUGUGUUGUUGAUGAAAGUAAUGAACAUGAACUGUUUGUGUAUGACGUGGAGAAAGGUCGCAAGCUGGCUAAUACUAAAGGUAGUCAAGAUCCAGUAUUAGCAGUAGAAUUUCACCCAUCAGAACCAAAUAGUAUAAUAGAUGUAGGCAAAGGACACAUACAGUUCUGGACUUUGGAAUCUGGAAAACUGACUAAAAAAAGUGGCGUGUUUGACAAAAUAGACAAGCCAAAGUACAUGUUGUGUAUUGCUUUUGCUGAGAAUGGUGACGUUAUAACUGGUGACUCAAAUGGCAGCAUAAUUGUCUGGCCCAAAGGAAGCACUAAGGCAGGUCAAGCAAUAACUGGUGCACAUGAAGGUGGAAUAUUUUCUAUAUGUGUAGACCCAGAGGAUGGAACCAUAUUAACAGGGGGAGGAAAGGAUAGAAAAAUUGUACAAUGGGACAGUUCAUAUCAACGUACUGGACUCACAAAAGAGAUAGGUGAAGAGUAUGGUGGUGUUAGAAUGAUCAGUAAAGGUCAAGGGGGACCAACAUUGAUUGGAACUACAAAAAAUGCAAUACUAUGUGGAUCAUUGGACUUAGAGCUUCAACCUUUAGUUCAGGGCCAUAUUGAUGAGUUGUGGGGACUUGCCUGUCAUCCAUCACAACAACAGUUCUUGACUGCAGGAUCAGAUAAAAUGAUUCACAUGUGGGACAGUACAGCUAAGACAGCUGUGUGGUCUUUAGAACUACCGGACCCUGGACAUUCAUGUUGUUUCAGUCCAGAUGGCAGUGCAGUAGUUGUUGGCAUGGAAACAGGCAGAUGGGUUGCCAUAGAUACAUCAACACACAGUAUAGUGGCUGAGCAUACUGAUGGCAAUGAACAGAUAGAAUGUUGUUUAUUUUCACCAGAUGGAUCCCAUUUAGCUCUUGGUUCUAGGGACAAUUAUAUAUAUGUUUACAAUGUCGAGGCUGGUGGACAGAAAUACAAUCGUAUUGGUCGAUGUCAUGGACAUAGUAGUUUUAUUACACAUAUUGACUGGUCAGCUGAUGGAAAAUAUAUAUGCAGUAACUCAGGAGAUUAUGAAGUUCUAUUCUGGAACAUACCCAGUUGUGAGCAAGAGACCUCAUCUUCCUCAUUAAGAGAUGUUGAAUGGGCUUCACAAAACUGUACCUUGUCGUUUGCCACUGCAGGAAUCUGGCCAAGAGGUGCUGAUGGAACUGACAUAAACAACUGUGCAAGAGCCAAUAAAAAACCACUACUGGUAUCAGCUGAUGAUUUUGGCAAGGUGAAUCUGUUCAAGUAUCCAUGUAGUCAGCCUAAGACAAAAUGUCAGUCCUUCAAAGCUCACAGUAGUCAUGUGACCAAUGUAGCCUUCCUGUUUGAUGAUUCUCGUGUGCUGUCAACAGGAGGCAAUGAUAUGUCUGUGAUGCAGUGGCAGAUAGUGGCAGCUGAUAACGAUUGAGGACCAAAGUUAGUGCUGGGACACACCGGACCUUGUUAUACCGUUCCUUUUUAUGCUUAACAUAAAACACCCGUAUGAUCAGUGACAGUUACAAUGGAAUCUUUGUACAGGGACUGGUUUCUUGCUAUUAAAAUGGAAAUUUAACUUUUUUGAUACAUUUAUUGUUAUUUCAUUUUAUCUAUUGCAACCUGUAUGGUUUGUGAUCAGUGAAAAUUAUUAUACAAUCUUUGUAGGACAGGUUUCCUUUAAAUACUGAAUAUAUGAAUCUUUUAUUGUUAUUUCUUUUAAUUGAAUGGUUACCACUCUUAAUGUUUGUGAUCAGUGACUGUAAUAAUGGAUUUGUUACUUAUUGAUAGUUUUUCUUCUACACACUGACUUAUAAUUCAGUGAUUUGGUACCAAAAGUACCAGUUCUUAUCAUAUAUAUCGUGGAAACUGAAUUUGAUUUGUGGUUUGUCAUUUUGUGCUAACAAAUUAAUUACAUUUUUGUUUCAUUGAAUUCCUCCCAAGGUAUUGUUUAUGUGUUAGCAAUAAACUAACAAAAGUUACUUUCCCUCAAAUAUGAUAUGUUUUGAAUCCAUUAUAUUUUUGGGUAUUUUUUUAUUGAUCUAUAUGUUGUGAGAAUUAAUAGAUAUAAAUACUCUUGUGAAAUGAAAUUUUGUAUUUGCAUGUGUUGGUUAGAUGUACAAUCCAUAGAUUAAGUGUUACAACUUUUUGUAAAACCUCUAAAAUUUAUAUUAUCACAAAUUCAAAUUAAUUCAUGUUUGACAAAAUGAUUACCCCUUAUAAUUGUUAACCAUUUCCAGUUCGUGUCCAAAUUAUUAGAAAUAACUUUAUUAUAUCUACUUUGAGAGAGAGAAAAUAAGUGCAUGUUUUAAAUGAUUUCUUGUCAUUUUGGAGGGGGAAACAACAUUUCCUGUUUGAAUUUAUUCAAAUAAGCUGAAGUCCUGCAUGUUCAGCGGCCCUUUUCAAGGAUGUGAUAACUUUAAAAUGUGGAUUCUUUAUUUUAAUUCAUAUUUUUCAUAAAUUGGAUAAAAUACCUGAUAAGUUUCAUUCUUCAAACUCUCAAGAAUGCAAAAGACAUGAGAAUUUCCUGGUUUUGGAACAUUUGGUUUAUCACUAGAUAACUAUAGUCCCUUAUAUGUUAAAAUUAUAAAAGUUCUUCUGUAUAACAAUUCUAAUCUGCUGUUAAAGAUCAAAUAAAGUUCUAAUCAGUUUAUUUUAAUCUAGAUAAUCAGGUUCUUAUAGGUUUCACUGUUAUCACGAUAAUCAAAAUUAAUAGGGAGAAGUUUGUAAAGAUAGUUAAGCAUCUAUUUGUAAGAGAAGUUCUUCAUGAACAUUUUUUGUAUCCUUUAUUGCAUUUAAUACCAAGUCUUUUUGCAAUUGGUAACUGUUUUUCCUCUUCAUACAGUGUUUAAUGCAUUUAUGUUAAGUUUGAAUUGAUAUGCUACUUGAAUCACUUUCACAUGAGACAUUGUCAAAUGAUAUCAUAUGGGAAAGAAUUGGAAAAAGGUAAAAAAAAAUCAAAUCGAGCUAUUUCAUGCUCAUAAGAUGUCCUAGCAUCAAAAAUGAUAGUCUGUGUUGAGAUUAAAAAUACAAAUUGCUUAUGGAAUGAUAAAAAUUCUACAAUGGUAUAUGUAGAUUGUUGGUAAUAUUCUAUAUUCUUUGUUGUAAGAGAAAUUUCUUAAGUAAUACAAUUUAGACAUAAUAAUAUAUUUGUUGUUUACAAUAAUUCUAUGAUAACACAGGUGAUAUUUCUAUGGUAACACUGCCAGUUUGAUGUUGUAUAGGAACAGUUAUGUUAUAUAAGCCAGUGUUUGUUGAGAGAUGAUACUAAUAUAUAAUGAUGCAUGCAUCUUGUUUUUCGUUGUGUACUCUAUAUUUGAUAAGACUACUAUAGAUAAUAAAACCAUUUCUUGUAAA